UAAAAUCACUAAAACAGAGACUGUCUGAUUAUUUUUCAAUAGUGUUAUCAGAAACUCACCACAGCUGUUGGUGAACUAUGGAGGAAAGUCAUAAGCUUCUUGUGCUAUAUGGCAGCCAGACAGGGACAGCUCAGGAUGUGGCUGAGAGAGUGGGCAGGGAGGGAAAGAGGAGAUGGUUCUCUGUGCAAGUUAUGGCACUGGAUGAUUACAAUGUGGCUAAGCUGAUAGAAGAGGGUCUUGUGGUACUGGUAUGUGCCACCACUGGACAAGGUGACACCCCAGAUAACAUGAAGAUGUUCUGGCGGUUCAUCAUGAGGAAAAAUUUGCCAGGAAAUUCCUUGUCUAAUGUCAAGUAUGGCACUAUUGCUUUGGGAGACUCAUCCUAUCAAAAAUAUAAUGUUGUUGGAAAAAAGAUUUUCAAGAGAUUUGAGCAGUUGGGGGCCACAGCUGUCCUUCCUAUCUGUCUUGGAGAUGACCAGCAUGAGUUGGGGCCUGAUUCGGCCAUUGACCCAUGGCUGACCUCGUUUUGGGACAAGGCUCUAAAAAUGUUUCCUUUACCUCCAGGAAAAUCUGUAAUUAGUGCUGAUGUUCUACCCCCACCAAAGUAUAAAGUCCAGUUUUUGAGUGAUAACGAUGACAAGAAGCAGAUGACAUGUCCGCCAUCUUUCUUUGGUGGCAGUGAAACUAAAGAGUUGCCAUCGCAGAAAUGCCCAUAUCUGUCCAAGAUGUUGUCCAACCAGAGAGUGACUGCAGAUGACCACUGGCAGGACGUCAGGCUGAUAACCUUUGAUAUAAGUGAUUGUAAUAUAAAAUAUUCUCCUGGUGAUGUAUUGAUGGUACAGCCAAGAAACAUGACAGAUGUAGUGGAUGAAUUUAUACAGUAUCUUAAUUUAGACCCAAACAAACAGUUUGUACUGAAAGAGAAUGACCCAGACGUUCCACUGCCAAAUGAUCUGCCGCAACCCUGCACAGUACGCCAUCUAGUGGAAAAUUAUCUUGACAUUGCUGGAGUGCCUAGAAGGUAUUUCUUUGAAUUGAUGCACCUCUUAGCAAAGGACAAUCUAGAAAAAGAAAAACUGGGUGAAUUUGCCACUGCAGAGGGACAGCAAGAGCUGUAUUCGUAUUGCAAUCGACCAAGAAGAACGACCCUGGAGGUGCUGCAGGAUUUCCCCCACACAGGACCCAUGGUGCCAUUUGAGUAUCUGUUUGACCUCAUCCCACCUCUGCUACCCAGAGCUUUCUCCAUUGCUUCUUCUCAGAUGGUCAAUCCCAACCAAGUACAAAUACUAAUGGCAGUUGUAAAAUAUAAAACAAUUAUUAAGAAACCAAGGCGAGGAGUAUGCUCUACAUGGCUAGCCAGUGUAGACCCACAGGAAGAGCCUGAUAUAAGAAUACCCAUAUGGGUGAAGCGUGGGACCAUAGCAUUUCCGCAGAAAGAUGACCCACCAGUGAUAAUGAUAGGGCCAGGAACAGGCGUGGCUCCUUUUCGAAAUUAUAUUCAGGACAGAGUUAUGAGGAAUGUCGGAGGCAAUUAUUUGUUCUUUGGCUGUAGGAAUGAAGCCAAGGAUUUCUACUGUGCUGAAGAGUGGCAGGAAUAUGUGAACAGAGGCUUCCUGCAGUUGUUUACAGCUUUCUCUAGGGAUCAGGAAGACAAGGUUUAUGUUCACCACAGAAUGUUGGAGCAGAAGAAGUUGUUGUGGGAACUUAUUGAUAAGAAGGGAGCAUAUGUCUACAUUGCUGGCAAUGCAAAACAGAUGCCGGAUGAUGUAAAAGGAGCUUUAAAGACCACCAUCAUGGUAGAGGGUGCUAUGUCAGAAGACAAGGCAGAACAGUAUAUAAGACAAAUGGAGAAAACUAGGCAUUAUCAAGUAGAAACAUGGUCUUGAUGAUAGCUGAAGUUCAUUUUAAAUUAAGAAUUAGCUUUUCAUGACAUCAACACCAUGAGAAAUUAUGUAAGUGUUUUUAAUUGUAAUGUACUAUUAGUUGGAGAUAUGCAAAGAUAUGUGAGAGAAUUUCAUUUGAAAAGAAGUACUGUCAUAACUUGGUCUUAACAAAAAUACAUACUACAACAUUCUGAAUUGUUUGGUUUAGUGAGUUUGCUAAUGGUUUAUAACAAGAACAAAGAUACACAAGUUAUGAAUUGGAUUUACAGUCACAUAUUAUUAUUUCACCAUGAACAAGUUGCUCAGUUGGCUAAAGUACUGUGAAAAGAACCUUGUAUUUCAAAGCUGUGAAGAUUGUCAUUUGUAACUUCAACACAGCAAAUUCAAAUAAACUUCGCAAUAUACAUUCAACAGAUUUUUUCAGACUGAAAAAAAAAACAUGUUCUGUAAAUUACACUCAACUCACUGGACAAGAAAAAUAAAACGGGAGUCAAGGCUUUAAAUGUCUAUAAGUACUUGUAACAUUUAUUUCAUUGUUAAAUAUGUUUCACUGGUAUGGGAACACUAUGCGCAUACAGUUCAGUUAAGGAUUCUUUAUACAACAUGUACAACUCAUAACUGAUAUGUCACCUCACAGACAAAGCGCCAGAGAUACAGUGAAUAAUUAUCACAAUAUCAAUUCAAUUGUAUUUUUGCACUGAAAUUCUACCAUGUGCACAGAAUGAGAAGAAAACUGCAGAGUGGACUAGAGGUACAAAAUCUCAAUAUAUUUGCACUAAAAAAACUGUUAACUGAAGAGGAGAAUGAGAAGAUCAAAGCUUGACAAAAAAGUUCAAAACCAUAAACUCAAACAAUUACAUGCUAUUAAAUUAGAACAUCUACAUAUUAAAGGGAUAAUAACUCUUUGUUUUGGCCAAAAAAUGAAUUUCCUGGAGUAAAAAAAAAAUUUCCCAUACUUAC